GAAAAAAAAUGAUUAUUUCCAUUUCCAGUAUCUAACAUAAUUCGAACAGAUUCUGUCAUGAAAUAAUUGCCCGAAAAUCAUAUACUAGUCAAUGUAUGUAUUCUCCGUUGAUUCGACGGUACCGAUAUCACGAUGACGUUAAAUCACAGCCGUCAAUCACUUCUCACUCUACUUUUCGAUAUUCUCCUUCACUCUCCCCGUCCUGAGUUAAUCUAACCGGCAAAUCGUCGUUUAUGGAACCUCGGACUGAGUCGACUAGGAUCGUCACGCGACUCUUACUCAGCCAUAUUACGUAUAGAUACCAGUAGCUCAAAGGAUACCGAUGAGGGCGAGUCUUUUCAGCCGUCGGACGAUAAGGCAGGGUGCGAUAUCGUCUGUUGGAUCUGUGAAGAUCAAGUUAUUGCUCGCCUUUGUUAUUUUAUUCACUCUAAUUGCGCUCGUCGGUCGUACGCCAUCGUUUAAGGGAUGGAGACACCAAGAUGCUUCUCUCCAUCGAUCCUCUCGUCCCAGGAAAAAGUAUGCCUUGUUGAUUAAUACAUGGAAACGAAAUGAUCUUCUGAAGCAGUCCAUAUCCCAUUAUGCAUCAUGUCCAGGGCUUGGUUCUAUACAUAUUGUUUGGAGUGAGCCUGACCCUCCUUCAGAUUCUCUUAUUAAAUUCCUUAACCAUGUUAUACAGUCAGAUUUUAAAGAUGGUCGAGAAAUUGAAUUGAAAUUUGAUAUCAAUAAGGAAGACAGUUUGAACAACAGAUUUAAAGAAAUCAAGGAUUUCAAGACGGAUGCAGUCUUUUCAAUUGAUGAUGAUAUUAUAUUUCCUUGCACUACAGUAGAAUUUGCUUUUAAUGUCUGGCAUACUGCACAAGACACAAUGGUUGGAUUUGUACCACGACUCCAUUGGGAUGAUAGAUCGAAAGGCAAUCGGGGUAACUAUAUGUACCGGGGAUGGUGGUCUGUUUGGUGGACGGGUACAUACAGUAUGGUUCUCUCUAAAGCUGCCUUCUUUCACAAAAAGUACCUGAAUUUGUACACAUAUAGCAUGCCAUCGUCUAUAAGAGAAUAUGUAACGAAGAACAGGAAUUGUGAAGAUAUUGCAAUGUCUUUUCUCGUUGCAAAUGCAACAGGCGCUCCUCCCAUUUGGGUAAAAGGUAAAAUAUUUGAGAUUGGUUCAACUGGAAUUAGUAGCUUGGGAGGUCACGCUGAAAAGAGGAGCCACUGUGUUAAUAAGUUUGCGGCUGAGUAUGGGCGAAUGCCUCUGGUAUCAACUUCUGUCAAAGCAAUGGAUAGCCGCAAUAGCUGGUUUUGGUGAUAGUGUAGUUUCUGAACCUUUUCAUUUCACUAGUUUCCACUCAUUUAGUUUAGUUUGCUUGUUUCCAUUCUUAUCAAGUUUGAGGUUUUUGUAACAUUAAAUCGUUCAGUAAGAAACAGAAUUGUUAACAAGUUCAUUUAGGUUUAUGUCACGCGUCUCAUUAUUAACAGAUAGUAUCAAUUUUGUACGUCUAUUCUUUGAUAUCCAUGGGUAGGGAACCUCUUGAUGUCAGCAUGGAUAUGGAGGUUCUCAUGUGCUUGAUGUAAUGAUUUUACUUGCUGUGUUAAUUUUACAUAACAGAAAUGAAACAUUUUGAUGUUAACCGAAAAAUUCUGAUC